AUGACCAUUGAUCUCAAGUCGACCGAAGCCGACGAUGUUAGGCAGCAACAUCAGUCUAAAUCCGAACAGCAAUCCAGUGGAAGCGAUGUUCUUGUCAGCGAUGCAGAACGGGACGAAAUAACCUUGAGCCGAGCACGAACAAUCGAAAGCCAGCACAGCCUUACCGUAGGAAAAGAUGGCUACAUCGUGGAGUUUGACGGCGCCGAUGAUCCCAUUCAUCCGCAAAAUUGGCCUAUGAGGACAAAGGCUAUAAUUACUGCGAUAUUGUCUAUCACUACAUUUAUCACGACUUUCGCCAGUGGAAUAUACGCGCCCGCCAUUUCGACAAUAGCAGCAGACUAUAAAGUUGCUCCAGAAGUUGCCACACUCGGCGUCACACUUUAUGUCCUGGGGUUUUCGGCAGGACCGGUGUUAUGGGGACCACUCUCUGAAAUCAAGGGGCGUCGUCUGCCUCUCGUCGUUGCCGCCUUCGGAACUGCGAUUUUCCACUUCGCCGUAGCAGUUUCCAAAGAUCUUCAAAGCAUCAUGAUCAACCGCUUCUUUGCAGGUUUUUUUGGAACCAGUCCUCUUGCUGUGGGCGGCGCUGUGUUUGUGGAUUUGUUUGACAACAAGACUCGCGGCAUUGCAGUGACAAUUUUCACAUUGUCUGUUUUCAUUGGCCCAAUGUUCUCACCAUUCAUCGGAGGCUUCAUUGUCACGAGCCAUCUUGGCUGGCGGUGGACUCAGUAUCUUUCGGGCAUCCUCGCUUCCGCAGCGGCCGUGGCAAACUUUGUCUUUGUUCACGAGACUUAUCCGCCAAUUAUUUUGGCUCGAAAGGCAGCUGAGUUGCGUCGGAGAACACAGAACUGGGCUAUUCACGCCAAGCAAGAGGAAACCGAGGUCAACUUUCACGAAAUGGUUGAACGCAAUUUUAUCCGACCGCUUCACAUGCUUGUCGUCGAGCCAAUCGUCUUGCUAAUCAGUAUCUAUUCUGCGUUUAUUUAUGGACUACUAUAUCUGUUUCUCACUGCAUAUCCCAUUAUCUUCCAGGGAGUUUAUGGUAUGAGGCCAGGCAUCAGCGGUCUCCCCGAGUUGGGCGCCGUACUUGGCUGCAUUAUAACAGGCAUCAUAAUGGUUUUGAGAGCACCAAUCUAUAGGCGCAAACUUGAAGCAAACAACAAUAUGCCUGUGCCAGAAUGGCGACUCCCCGAAGCUAUGGUUGGAGCGGUUCUCUUCGCUGGUGGCAUGUUUUGGCUCGGUUGGUCAGGCUAUCGAAAAGAAGUUCACUGGAUUGUUCCAACAAUCGGUGGUGUUGUGACGGGGCUCGGCAUUUCAAUGGUUUUUCUUCAGGCGUUCAAUUAUCUUAUUGACGCUUACCUGAUGCUUGCGGCGUCAGCCCUAGCAGCCAAUACCUUUCUGCGAUCGUUAUUUGGUGCUAUAUUCCCUCUUUUCGCCUCUUAUAUGUUUAAGGGGAUGGGCAUACAAUGGGCAAUGACGUUAUUGGGGUGUGUUGCGGCUCUGCUGGCGCCUGUGCCCGUCAUUUUCUACAUCAAGGGCGCACAGAUUCGAAAAGUGAGCAAAUACACGCCCAAGCUCCCUCCUCCAGCGGCAACUUCGAAGCCUGAAAAAGAAGAGGUUUAAAAUUUACGGAUGAGAAUAAAGGAGAUUGUGGGAUUAUGACAAGUUUUAAUCA